CCACAUUCUCGAGCAGGAAGCAUUAUAAUAGUAAAAUACCAUUAUGGAGCGAGAUGGUAUACCAACAGCUAAGAGUGGAAUUGAAAAAUCGGCUUUUGGCGUGCGGCAUCUCCAAAGUAUGCUGAUUUUCUUUGGCCUAUGUGCGGUUUUCAUGAUGCGUGUCAAUCUUUCUGUCGCAAUUGUAGCAAUGAUGGAUCGUAAUUCCACAAAUCCAGAUUUUCCGGACUAUGACUGGUCAGAGCAAACGAAGUCACUGCUACUAAGCAGCUUCUUUUGGGGUUACUUCCUAACGCAAAUACCAGGUGGUCAGUUGUCGGAGCGCUUUGGUGGCAAAGUAAUGCUGCUCUUCAGCGUUGGCACUUCCGGUUUUCUAGCCUUAUUCACACCGCUUAGCGCACGCGUGGGCGAUUGGCAGUUAACAUGCGCCUUACGUUUCCUACAGGGUUUCUGUCAAGGUGUUAUAUAUCCCUCCACGCAUACAUUACUGGCCAAAUGGGCGCCACCCGCCGAACGAGGUGUGCUCGCUACGCUAUGCUUCUCCGGUUCACAAUUUGGCUCGAUUAUCAUGUUGGCUGUUAGCGGUGCGUUGGCUGCCUCGGCGUACGGCUGGCCAAGCAUUUUUUACAUGUCCGGUUGCUGUGGUGUGCUUUGGGCUAUCGUUUGGCUAUUUUUGGGUGCUGAUUCCCCCCGCGAAUCUAAAAUUAUUAGCACAAACGAAAGGAAUUACAUUGAAACUACUCUGGGAGCGAUAUCGAAAAGUGAGAAUAAGUCGAGUACCUCAAAGUUACCAACACCUUGGUUGAGCAUUUUCACAUCGGUGCCAUUUUGGAUGCUGCUCAUCGCCUGUUGCGCCUACAAUUGGGGCUAUUGGACUUUGAUGACACAAAUACCAUCGUAUAUGAAAAGUGUGCUCGGCAAGGAUAUCAAAAGUAAUGCUUUGCUUUCUGCUCUCCCAUACGCUGCAAAUUUGCUACUCGGUCUGGGUUUCUGUGCCUUGGCUCAAGUGCUGUUGUCGAUGCAGUUGCUGAGCACCAAUGCCAGCCGUAAAGUGUUUAACACGAUCGGUAUGUGGAUACCGAUGGCAGCAAUCAUUGCACUCGGUUUUGUUGGCAAAGAACAAGCAGAUAUGGCUGUUGUCCUACUAACGGUGGCUGUGGGCACAAAUUCUGCAUCAUUUUUAGGUUCCUUCGUGAAUCACAUAGACUUGGCACCGAAUUUCGCCGGCACUUUAAUGGGCAUAACGAAUUGUGCUGCUAAUGUGAUGAGCGUAAUUGCCCCGCUUGUUGUUGGUCUUGUUGUUACAGAUACGACAAACACAACUCAGUGGCGCUUAGUUUUUAUGAUUAUGGCUUUGUACUAUUUUAGUGGCAAUUUACUGUUUAUUACGCUGGGUAGCACCAAACUACAGUCAUGGAACGAGCCGACGAAGCGACGUGAGAAGCGCGAGCAUAUCGAAUUCCAAGCUGUGGCAAAUGAAAAGGAUCACAUCUAAUACAUACGAGUACGUGUAAAUAAGCUUCAGUCUGCGAAAAUGGGACAGUAAGACAUCAACCAUUAUGAGUUAGAGUUCAACAUGAAA